GUCUGAAAGUACACAACUAGGAAUGCCAAGAAAUCAAAGAGAGAGAGAGAGAGGUCGGGACCAUGUUUAUGGUAAAAAGGAUGGUCAGACUCCAUCAUACUCAUCAACCAUGAUCUCAGACAUAAAAAAAUAAAAUGCUUCAGACCAGUUGGAUGAUGGAGACGAGAAGGCAGACGCCAAACCUUUAGGAAAAGCAAGCCAAAAACUCGAGAAGAAAAGGUAAAAGUACUUCUGAUAUGCCCUUUUGCAACCGUAACGUGUGAUCUGAUCUGACAAGCAAUGUGAAAUUCAAUGGAACGAGGAUGAGGGCUGAUCUGAAGCGGAUGGUGUGACCUCAAACUGACGACGACCGAAUGCAAGUUGUGGCAUGAGAUGCGGAGGAGGUUCAAACUCAUCCGAUGCAUGCUAGAGAAGCGUACAUUUUGUUUGUUUGUCUUCUUACACGAGGCAAGCAGACCAGAUGAAACAAGUGUAGAGCACGUUCGCUUAUAUCGUACCAUCCGCAAGUUGUCUAGAAAUGGCAGUGAGCUUCCUGUUAAUGGUGGGCUCAAGGGGACGUCGUACUACAUAAUCUGAUGUAAUGUACAGGAGUUUCUCGCAUGGCCGAAUGAAUGACUGGCGGUAGAAUAUGGGCAAUUGGCAGACAAUGUACAGGCAACAACUCGUCUUUCUACUCGGAAGGUCCAAAUCCGAAGUGAGAUCCUUACUCGGCCUGACAUAAUUCUACUAAUAAAUCUUGGCCCAAGGGGAGCUACCAAGGAGCCAGGCAGCUCCGUACCACACAGCUCCAGGGCUCGAGAGAACUCUCAGAGAUAAUAGUGUGGCAGUGGGAGCCGGAGCUGUGACAGCGUAAAAGUCAGGGGCGACGUCAGAAGAGCGAGGGUGAGUAGAAAUGUGAUGCCGCCCUACUUGUUUCCAUGUUCACUGGCACACGAAGCCAGCGAUGAAAGCAUGAAGGCUGUACACGUCUCGUGACCGCCGUAAUGGUAGAGUGCAGCCCAGCAGUGCAGCACAUAGAUCUCCAGUAGAUAGGAUGAUCCCCGUGCGACUUCCCAUCCUUUUUUCUUAUUUACUCGGUUUUAACCUGAUCGGUUGUGGAUGCUAGCUCGCUCGCUCGCUCGCUCCCUCCCUCGUUCACUUGCAGACAGCAGCCGCAGCAGCUGCCGCACCGACUCCCAAGUGCAACAACGAGGUGCUGAUCAUGAUAAUUGCUCUCCUCUCCUUCUCCCUCUCCAUCUCCCUGGCGAGUGGAUGGAUCCCCCUCGGUGAAUGAUUAGGUUAGCAGCCAGUCAGCCAUAUUCUCUCCUCCUCAGGAUGUCCCCAUUUGCUUCAAGGGAUCUCUACGUUCACUGUAUGACGACUAGCAGCAGCACCGGAUUCCCCUCGCAGUAGAAUAGGAUGAGUGCAGAGCCUGCCUGCCUGCUGCCUGCGGUGCCAGCUGACCCAGCUGACCCAGCGGACCUCGAAUCUGUUCCCCCGCUUGGGAGUAAAUUGAGUCGGUGACUGACUGGUUGAAAUGCCUGACUUCCCCUUCUGAUCUUCUGGAUCUUCUGCACUUUAUGGAAUCUCUAUGUCUACGACUGCGGUUGCGUUCUCUGAUACAUCCUGAGGGAGACUUCUGAGUAGGCUCGUCCCUCUCCCUCUCCCUCUCUGUGUGCUGUGAGGAUCAUGCCUCGGUCAUAAAUAACUCCAUGUCCGUCGCAGCUUCCAAGCUCGUCUCGACUGAUUGGAUCCGAGCUUUCAGCCGUCAGCCCCUGUGAGCAGUGAGAAUGAUCCUCGCUGGCUUACAGCGUGAGCAUCCCUGGGGCUCUGCGUUCCUUCACCUCAUCUUAGAUUCUCCACUCCAUUGCUCCCUGCCUGUGGUCGUCUAGUCUAGAGCUUCACUGCGAGCUCCAGUCCACCAACCCUCUCACUUACUCACUCACUCACGCGAGACGAGAAUCAGAAGACACCACCAUAGCCAUGAAGGAGAUCUUCAUCCGAUGAGCGAUGGCUUCGUCAAGUUUGAGAGCUUGUCUGAACCGACCACAAAUCAAUAAAGUAUGCCACUUUCAAAUUCGUGAUCGAGUACGUUUGACACCAAGAAUCGAGUGCAGGACUAUUCCCGAACUCG